AUGUACGACUCACGGAGAGGUGGUGUUGGUGGCAGCGGCGGCGGUGCUGUUAAAGCGCACCAUACGCUGGGCUCUUCGCCAUGCAGCCUUGCAGGAGUUGGCAAACAUGGCCCGUCUUCGUCGUCGUCGUCGUAGCGGGAGGCGUGAGCGGGCGACUUCACGUAAGUUAGAAAGGUCGCUUCCGCAUUUGGCAAGUCUGCAUGUACGAUCACAUUUCCCGCAGGCGCCCUGUUCGUAGCUUCACUCUGGCCAUGGCGCGGAACGACGGACGCAAUGAUCUCUACCCUCAGCUCCUCCGUCGAAUGGUCGAGCAUGGAGAGUACGACAGACUAUUCUGGGUGCUCACCCAGAAGUUGAACGAGUCUGGAUGGCUGGAUGACUUUCGAGACAAGAGCAAAGAAAUGACCCGUAAUGCGGACAAAAUGUCGGUGGAGACGAUUAUCACCCAACUCCGGCCACAAGCAGAAGCAUCUAUAGCACCCAAAGUGAAGCUCGAGGUCUUGACAAUGAUCCGGCAGUACCUGGAGAAGCAAGUUGAAGGCUGACGCAGACAUCAUCCCGACCAUCCGCGGAGCUUGGACCAGCAAAUACAUCUCUUGACUCGUUCAUCGUGCGCUGUAUUCGUAAUUGGAUCCGUUGCUUGAUUUUGAAAUGACUCGUACUGCCGCAGCUAUUGUCCGC